AUGUAAAGCAAAAAAGAUUAGAAGAUAAGCGAAUAGGAAAUCAAAGAUUUUUUGCAAAGCAAAAAAAGUUAAAUAACUUCUAGCUAAAUUUUGCAGUCUAUAAACUUUCUAUCAUAAUAUGGCUACCAUGUAGUUUAAUUGAUAGAUUCUGGGAGUUUCGGUGUUAUUAUGAAAGCUUUUGAUUCUUAGAAUAACAAAAAAUUUGUAGCAAUAAAGCUAAUCAUAGUAACAAAUAUUGACAUUUUAAAAGAUAAUAUUUAAGAAUAUUAGAAAUGCCUUUUAAUUAAUCACCCGAACGUCGUCAAAAAUUAUUAGCAGCUUUAUGACUAAGAGAAUGAAUGCUAAUUUAUCAUUACAGAGUUUUGUUAAAAAGGUAAUCUGUUUAACUUUUUUAAGCAAAAUAAUAUUAAAAAAGAAGAAAUUAUUGAAAUUUGCUCUUAAAUAAUUGAAGGUCUUAUAGCUAUUCAUGAUAAAAAUAUUGUACACAGCGACUUAAAGCCUUAAAAUAUUCUUAUUAAUAAUGAUGAUAAAAUAAAAAUAUGCGAUUUAGGAAUGUCUAAAUAACUAUUAGGAUCCUAAUCUCAGACCAUUUCAAAAGGUGGAAGUUUAGAUUAUAUGUCCCCAGAAUAAAUUGAAGGUAAGAUUAGUAAAUAAUCUGACAUUUACUCAGUUGGAUGUAUUAUUUGCUUCCUUUGUAAUAUUAACAUAUUUGGUUUGAAUUUGGUUAAUAUAAAGAAAGGGAUAUUUCCUUCUAUAUAAGAAACCUCCUAUAAAGAAUUAGUUAAUUUAGCUUUUCAAAUGAUGAGUGUAGAGCCUAAAAAUAGAAUUUAGCUUCAAGAUUGCUUAGAUUAGUUGAAAUUAAUUAAGAAGAGUAACUCAGAUAAUCAAAAACGAAAACAAGAAAUUAUUGUAAAGUAAUUUUAAAAUGGUGAUAGAUACGAAGGUGAAAUGAAAAAUGGAAAGAUGAAUGGAAAAGGAAUUUACUAUUAUAGAGAGCAAGAUUCAAAAAAAAAAUAUGAAGGUGAGUGA